AUGGGGAGAUUCAUUCAACUCGGAGCUCUUGCUUGCUUGUACCUGGGCGUGGAGUCCAAGGCGCUGAGAUGGCAGGACGAUACCCCAAGCUGGUCUCCACCCAGGCAGACCAUUGCUGCGAUGAACAUGGAGGAGCUCGGCUUCAGUCCGAAGCCCACUGCGGCGCCUGAGCCCGGCAAUGUCGACCUGAAGCUGGCCAAGCGUGUAAGAGGCGACGACACCUGUGGUUACAUCUCUGGAGAAGCUACCAACUCCAUCUACUGCGGUACUGGAUCCUGUGUCAUCAACAGCUUCUAUUCUGUUGUUGGUUGCUGUAGCUCUUCCUCAGUCACAGACUGCACCACAAUUGCUACGAGCUGUCUCCCAUCAAGGUCGGCUAGUCGCGCCAGCAGUGGUGAUACUCGUAUGCAGCUCUGCACUGCCUCGGAAAGACCCGAGUGUGCCACUUACAUCUACUCGGGCUCGCUGUUCAACCGUUAUACCCUUUAUGCAUGCGCUGCCACCGAGGAAGUGAUUGUUGUCUACGCAAACCCUACAGAUUCUUCCGUCACCCAAGAGUCGACGACAGCACCGUCAACAACCUCCCUCCGCAACAUCGCAUCAACCACUGCUACGUCUGCAGCGACUACUAGCACGUCUAGCGGUGGUGGUGGCGGCGGCGGCGGCUCGUCCACUCCCGUUGGUGCUAUCGUGGGCGGCGUCGUCGGAGGCGUAGCGGCUAUCGCACUCAUCGUCUUCGGCAUCAUCUUCCUCCUCCGCAAGAAGAAGAAGGACACCAACAACGUCAACAAUAACCAGGCCGCCCACCAGUCUUAUGUCGGACCCCCGCCGCCCAACCAGGGACAGCCGCAGAUGUACCAGCAGCCUGGUCCCCCGGCGCAGCAGCCGUCGCCCCAAGGAUACCCUCCCCAGCAACAGCAGGGACACUACCCGCAGGGCUUCACACCUGUGGACAACAACAAUAACAGACAGAGCAUGAUGAAGCAGCACUACGACGUCACCACGGGAUCCUACGACCAGAGCAACAACGGCGUCAGCCCGCCCGCCAGCCCGCCACCCAUGAGCCCCUCGCCCACUUACCAGUCCGGUGUGCCGCAGUACGUGCCGUCUCAGAACAGCGUCAGCCCGACGCAGGGAACGUAUCCUCCCCAGCAGCAGCCCCCGCAACAGCAAGGGGGCUACUACAACGCUCCCGCUCAAGGACAGCCACCUGCACCACAGCAGCACCAGCACCAGCAGCCGGGCUUCGCGUCUGAGUUGCCUGCUCACAGGGGCGACAAUGAGCUGCGUGAGUUGGCUUGA